AUGCAACGCGCGCCAACUAACAUCCUAAAUGAUAUAGAUAUUACAGAGCAAGACUAUCAAUGGGCUAUAUCAUUAUCUCCAGACUCUAACUAUGAAUUACACCUCAAAAGACCAAUAGAUAGUUGUUUUAUCAACAAUUACUUUAUUGCUGGCUUAAAAGGAUUUGCCGCAAAUGUUGACUUGCAACCAGUGUUUAAUCGUUACAAGUGUAUCACAUACGUUUGUUCUUACUUUACAAAGGAUGAAACUGAAUGUUCUCAAGCCAUCAUAAAUGCAGCAAAAGAGGCUAAACAAGCCAACGAAAAUGUAAGAGAUGGCCUAAGAAAAAUAGGUGCAGCAUUUCUCUCGACUCGUGAAGUCAGUGCUCAAGAAUGCGUUUACAGAUGUAUGCCUGAAAUCUGGUUAAGAAAAAUAUUCUCGAAAACUCUCUUUGUUAGCACGGAUUUUGCUGAAAAUCGCGUUAGAUUUGCAAAGAAACAACAAGAACUUGAUGAGCUAGAUGAUGAUAGUACUGACAUUUUUAAGUCUAACAUUAUUGUCCGUUACAGUGACAGACCAAAAAAUAUUCCUGUCGUUAAUGAUAUGUGUUUAGCUUUAUUUGCUGCUCACUAUUUGAAAGAUUACAAAAGUGAUUUUAACGAAGUAUCUGAUUCUCAACCUGAAGUGGUAAGCGAUGACUUCAUUGAAUCUCAAAAUAUCGAAAAUCAUAACACUGGACUUCCCGAUCGAAUAAAACUUGUAAACAGCAAGGAAAUUAUGAAGUGCAGAAAAAUUAAAGCUGUCAUUCGAUAUCACACUCCAAACAAAAGAAAAGAGCCUGAAAAAUAUUUUCACCACCUUCUCAUGUUAUAUUUUCCGUGGCUUAAUGAGCAGGAACUCUUUGGCGAAGACCAUACAUACAUAUCUAAGUUUUAUGAGCCAGAUGUUCAAGAGAUAGUACAACGCAACAAAGAAAUAUUUGAGCCAGAUGGUGAUGCUAUUAAUGAAGCACUAGAAAAUUUACGAAACUUUGAAGGCGUACCAACUAACUCCUAUGAUCCAAUAAAUGACCAGGAAAAUGAAGAUUUGCGAGAACGUUUACGUGACGAUUCUGAUGAAACCGAGUCUUUUAACAAAUCGUUGCCACAACAUCUUGCAGCAAAUCCUGAAUCAGUUCAACCAUUUUCUGGAAUAAGUUCUUAUAAUCAACCCUUAGAAAUCAGUGACGACGAUCUACGAAAAACUGUAAGAUCAUUGAACAACAAACAACGUUAUGCAUAUGACGCAGUUCUUUCCUGGUGUAGAAAUAAGAUGGCAAACCUAAACACACUUAAUCCUUCUCAAGUAGAUCCAAUACAUGUUUUUGUUACUGGAGGUGGAGGUGCAGGGAAAUCACACUUAAUUAAAGCUAUAUAUCAUACUGUUACAAAAACAUUUAGACAUGCUCCAAUGAAUCCUGCAUUACCUUCUGUAUUGCUAAUGGCUCCAACUGGUGUAGCUGCCAUACAUAUAUCAACGGAACAACCGUAA